AUGGGGCGAGACCUGGGAGGGAGCAUUGGAGGGACUUUGACACCCAUCUAUGGUGGCAGAAGCACCACUCAGCAGCAGCAACUGUCGCAGCAGCAGCAGCAGCAGCAGCAGCAGCAGCAGCAGCAGCAGCAGCAGCAGCAGCAGCAGCAGCAGCAGCAGCAGCAGCAGCAGCAGCAGCAGCAGCAGCAGCAGCAGCAGCAGCAGCAGCAGCAGCAGCAGCCACACUCAAUGCAUGCCCAUGCUAUCGUGCCUGCAGCUGCGUCUAGUGCUGCGGCUGGUUUUGAGGCGCAUCAAACUGCGUCUGGUGCUUCUGCUAGGGAGCAUGCUGGGUGGAUUAACGAAGAGGAAUCUGAGGAGGUAAUGGGGAAGGAAAGCGAGGAGGAUGGGUGGAUGAACAAGGAAGAAUUCAAAGAGCAGGAGGCUGGGGAUGGGAAGGGGAAGGAAGGGGAGGAGGAUGGGUGGAUGAAAGGGGAGGAGGCUGAGGAGGGUGGGAAAGAGGGGGGAAGCAAGGACGAAGGCAAGGAGACGGAGGAGGAGGGAGAGGAAGAUGAAGAGGAGGAAGAUGAGGCAUUGCUGCUGGAGCAGUGGAAAGCCCAGGUGCUCAAGAUGACUGCCGCAUUGAGUGUUGGAGAGGGAGAGGGAGGAGAGGGAGGGGGAGGAGAGGGAGGAGAAGCACCAGAAGUAGCGGCACCUGAGGAUUCACCUGACGCAGCAGUGGGGCCUGGUUUCAGGUAUUAUGGGGCACUUGAGAAAGAGUCUGGCGCAGCUGCUGCAGGCAAUCAUGUGUCUCUUUGCCGUUUUUCAUCAGCCGCAGCUGCAGCAGCAGAUGCAAUGGAGGAGGGGGCAGCAGCGGCUUUAGAGGCAGCUCUUGCUGACGUGGAAGCAGCAGCAGCAGAAGGAGCAUUUGCUUACACAGGUGCAUAUUCAGGUGCUGGAGAGGCAGGGUCUGGUCAUGGGGCACGGGAAAGCUACUUGCUGAGGGUAGCAGCAGCUGAUCUAGCUGGUGGGAUGGAGGAGGAAGCACCCGAGUCGCUCACAUCAGCUCUUGCUAAUGCUGUAGCUGCAGCAAGGGAUGAUGCUGCUGAUGCUGGUGUUGGUGCUGGUGGUGCUGCCGCUGCUGCUGCUGCUGGUGGCAAUGCGUUGGUGCCGCAUACCAAACCGAGUUCGGGAAACGUGGCAGUUGCUUUGAGGGCAGGUUCGGGAAACGUUGCAGGUGGUUUGGAAGGCGUAGCUGGAGCCGGAGGUGCCAAGCCGAACUUGCACCCGGAGCAGGAGGAUGGGGAGGAGUGGGGCGGGGCUACUGAGAGGUUUCAGAGGAUGGGGCUAGCUCGAAAAGCAAAGCCCUCGUUUAAAGAGGAGAAGGAGGACGAGGAGGAGGAGGAGGAAGGUGAGGAGGGAGGAGGGGGGUUCACAGAAGUGUUUCAGCAGAGAAUGUUGGCUCGUAAGGUGAAACCCGCCUUUGGGGCUGGGAGGCGGGAAGGUAUUUUUGAAAGAAACAGUGCGUGUGAUGAGAGUGCUUAUAACGAGAGUUUUCACAACAUGAGUGACGGGGACGCUGAAAAGGAGAGUGCUUAUAACGGGAGUGCUUACGAUGGUAGCGCUCACAACAGGAAUGCACUUAAAGGGAGUGCUUAUAACGUUGCUGGUAGAGGAGAGGAACGAAGGGUGGGCUUACCAGCAGGGUCUGGGGCGGGUAACAGAUCGCCUGCUGCUGCCAGUGAGUUUUGUGAGGUUUCAAGCGGUUCGGGCGAUUCUGGUGUGGUAUCAAGUGGUGCAGAGGAUUCCGGUCGUGCUUUGGGGGGUGCUGCUCCUCCCCCCGCUUCUGCCUUCGGUGGCCCUCCUCACCUUGCCUUCGGCCCUCCUCACCAUGCCUUCAGCCCUUCUACUCCUGUUGCCGGCUUUCCGAGCGCACCUGGGUUGGGGGGUGCGCCUCUGUUGGGGGGUGCGCCUUUGUUGGGGGGUGCGCCUUUCAAAGGGUGUUGCCUCUCACACACCCGGCUCCAACCCCUUUGCCUCUGCAGCUCGUAA